CUUCUCACCACCAUCCCCUGCCCUGCACGAUGGGCUAUCUGCCCUCGCUGUCCACGUGCCUCAAGUACGGCUCCACGCUCUUCCUCUCCGGCUUCUUCCUCACCGCCGGCCUGCUCUACACGUACCAGUGUGCCCUCAUCUACCCCUCCUCCUUCCCCGCCGGCUCGCGCUCCGACGUCGCCACGCCCGACGAGUAUGACUUGCCCUACGAGGCACUCGAGCUCCACACGCCCGACGGCGAGACACUCAGGGCCUACAUGAUCCCGCGCGAGGAACAGGGCAGACCGACGGUGCUCUUUCUGCACGCCAAUGCCGGCAACAUGGGUCAUCGCCUGCCCCUGGCUCAAGUCUUCUACAAGAAGUACGCAUGCAACAUCUUCAUGCUCUCCUAUCGCGGCUACGGCCUCUCCACGGGCGUGCCCAACGAAAAGGGCAUCCGCAUUGAUGCGCAGACGGCCCUGGACUGGCUGCUGAACGACGCACGCACAAAGGCGACGCGCAUCGUCGCGUAUGGACAGAGCAUUGGCGGCGCAGUGGCGGUGGAUCUGGCCAGCAGAAACGGCAAGUCGGUGAGUGGGGCGAGGCGCGAGAGCGGAGAGAGCGUUUGCAGCAAAUGGCGCGGCAAGAUCGCGAGGGGCAAGGGCAACGCAGGGCACGCACGUGCUGGCCCCAGCUAGACAAGGGGGGGGGCAAUGUCACGCGAGAGAGGGCGGAGCGCACGAG